UACACCUAUUAAGUAAUAUAUAAUUAUAUAUUGAAGAGGUUAUUUAAUUAACUUAAUUUAUAUAGAUACGUAUUGUAUUGUUUGAAUUUAUUUGGUUGGUUUGAAGUAAUUAGAAAAUAAGAAAAGAAUAAUGUCUAGCAGAAGGUCAAGGCAGCCAAGUGGUUCAAGCAAUAUCAGUGACGAUCAGAUAAAGGAUCUUGUCUCCAAGUUACAGCAGCUUCUUCCCGAGAUUCGCCAUACACGCACUGACAAGGUGUCAUCUGCGAAGGUGUUGCAAGAAACAUGCAACUAUAUAAGAAGCUUACACAGAGAAGUUGAUGAUCUUAGCGAGCGUUUGUCGGAGUUGUUGGCAACAACUGACACCGCCCAAGCGGCAUUGAUUAGAAAUUUACUUCUCCAGUAGUAGAUCCUUAAUUAUUAUUAUAAUUAAUAAUUAUUAUCCAUAGUCUUUUCAUCAAUUUUCUUUUUUAUUUUUGUAAUUCUCUUCUCAGUACUAGAUUUUACUUUUGUUAGUUAUAUAUUUUUCUGGACAU